AUGUAUCGCGAUACCGACUAUCGGGCGAUCCCGGCGCUCGACCGAUACGACCCAGAGAUCCUGGAUGACUCCGACUUCAGCCUGCUGUCUGAGACGGACCGGCAGGCGGCCGAGCGUACGAUGCUGAAGCGUGAUCGCGAGGAGGGCAGGGACGAGGGACGCAUGCACCGUGGCCUGCUGUACGAUGCGAGUGAUGACGAGGAUGAGCGGCCCGCACGGCGGCGCCGCCUGGCGGAGAGAGCAGCAGAGGGCGCUGAACCCGACGACGACGAGAUGAUUGAGAGCAUAGAGAACCUGGAGGACAUGAAGGGGCACAGCGUGCGCGAGUGGGUGUCGAUGGUGGCACCACGCACCGAGAUCUACAACCGCUUCAAGAACUUCCUGCGCACUUACGUCGACGCGAGCGGACACAACCUCUACCGCGAGCAGAUCAAACAGAUGUGCGAAGGUACGUGGCAGCUGCACCUGAACCAGCUGAUCCGGACGAGCGGCGUCGUGACAACGUCGACAGGCGUGCUGCCGCAGCUGAGCAUGAUCAAGUAUGACUGCAACCGCUGUAGCUUCGUGCUGGGGCCCUUCUACCAGGGACAGAACCAGGAGGUGAAGCCGGGGUCGUGCCCCGAGUGCCAGUCGAAGGGACCCUUCGAAGUCAACAUGGAGCAGACGAUCUAUGAGAACUACCAGCGAAUCACGAUACAGGAGAGCCCAGGCAAGGUCGCGCCGGGUCGUCUGCCGAGGUCGAAAGACGCCGUGUUGCUAGGCGACCUGGUGGACUCGUGUAAACCUGGUGACGAGAUUGUGAGUGGCAAGCACAAGCUGCGUGGGGACAUCAACAUGCUGAUGUGUGGCGACCCGGGAACGGCCAAGUCUCAGUUCCUCAAGUACACGGAGAAGACCGCGCCGCGCGCCAUCUUCACGACGGGCCAGGGCGCCUCGCCGUCGGCCCUCACCGUACGUGCAGCGCCACCGGUGACGAAGGAGUGGACGCUGGAGGCAGGCGCCCUCGUGCUCGCUGACAAGGGCGUCUGCCUCAUCGACGAGUUCGACAAGAUGAACGACGCGGACAGGACGAGCAUACACGAGGCGAUGGAACAACAGAGCAUCUCGAUCUCUAAGGCUGGCAUUGUGACGUCGCUGCAGGCGCGCUGCGCCGUCAUCGCCGCAGCCAACCCGCUCGGCGGACGAUACGACGCCUCGCUGACCUUUUCGGAAAACGUUGACCUCUCGGAGCCGAUCCUGUCUCGCUUCGACAUCAUCUGCGUCGUGCGCGACCAGGUGGACCCGGUCGAGGACGAGCGACUCGCCCGAUUCGUCGUCGGCAGUCACGUGAGACACCACCCGUCCAAUCAGGAGCAGGACGACGGCGAUGCGGUAAGCAGACGGAACGGCUUCCCGGUGUUCGCUACGAUCAUCAUCGGCAACUACGUGACGAAGAAGGACGACAAGCUCGCGGUGGGGGCGCUGACGGACGACGACGUGCGGGCGAUCGUGGCGCUGUCACGCGACGAGCGCAUCGCCGAGCGAGUGUUCUGCAGCAUAGCGCCCUCUAUCUACGGCCACGAGGACAUGAAGCGCGGCCUUGCGUUCGCCAUGUUUGGAGGCGAGGCGAAGAAUCCAG